GAUAAAAGUGACUGACUGUGCAUUUGUUGAUGAUUACAGAUUAUGCAUACUGUAGAUAAUUAAGGGAAUAAUACGGACCCUUACAUGACGCCCUUAUUAACAAUCAUAUUUACAAACUGGCUGAUUACGAGCACAUAACCGUUGCAUCUGAGUUGUGCAAUAAACAUUAUGAAUAACGAGGCAUCAGUCACAAUAGCACGUAGGUAUCUAUUAGGAUCCCUCAUGAUUCGCUAAUGCUUCUAAUUACACCAUUAAACAGAUAAUAAUUCCAUAAAAAUUACAGAAAAUCUGUUAUGGUAUUUGUGACAUCGCAGGUGGGUUGUUUAUAAGUGGUUGUGCGGGUGUAGGACUUGCAUACGGUGGUGAGGACUAAGUGGAGCGCUGUGGAGAAAGUGCUGGCUUCGGCUCUGUCUGACUCCGAUCUGUAGUGUGUACACAGGCAGGCGUCUCGUCACCCGCCUUUCGUCCUCCAUCCAUCCUCCAGUGAGUUCCUAAUACUAUUUAACCUUGAAUUUAACCCGUGCUGUGUGAAGUGCUUGUGAUAAUUGAUAAAGGUUCCACAAUGAAUCGGGCAUUACUAUUAGUGUGCCUGAUAGGCGCCAGCUGGUGCCAGUCAGCUAGUGUCGCUGAGCCUAAGGAGAAGGAGAAGGGUUUUAUCGACUGGAUCAACAACCUACUGGGCGGCAGCAGCACGACCACCAGCCCUAUUAUCUCGAAUGAACCACCACCAAACUGCCCUGCUUGUCAAUGUGGUAUUGCACGAACAAAACGUCGUAUCGUGGGAGGGUACGAGACUAAGGAGCGCGAGUAUCCCUGGAUGGCCAUGCUCAUGUAUAACGGCAGGUUCUUCUGCGGAGGAUCCUUAAUCAACGACCUGUAUAUCCUUACUGCCGCUCACUGCACCGGGUACCGUAAAGAGCGCAUCACCGUUCGCCUGCUCGAGCACGACACAUCCAACCCCAACGAAACGAAGACCAUCGAUAGGAGAGUGUCGGCUGUCAUACGUCAUCAGCGCUAUAAUCCAGGAACUUAUGAUAACGAUAUCGCGCUCAUGAGGCUUGAUGAAAGGGUGGACCUUAGCAACGCUGUAAAGCGAGCCCGCCGCGAUGAAGACUCAAGUUCGACUAGUACAACAGAAGCAGCUACAACGCCAGCAGAACAGCAGCCUGAUGACGUCAGAGUUCGUCCUGUGUGUAUGCCGACUGGCGGACUGUCGUACACCAGUCGCUGUGGGGUCGUCAUUGGAUGGGGUGUCACUGACGAAGGAGGUUCUGUCUCUAAUACGUUACAAGAGGUGAAAGUACCCAUUGUAUCGAACACGGAAUGCAAGGAGCGUUCGUAUGGUCGGAGAAUCACAGAAAACAUGAUGUGUGCGGGCGAGCCAGAUGGCGGCCGCGACGCCUGUCAGGGAGACUCCGGCGGACCACUGCAUGUCUUCAACGAGACCACCGAAAAGUACCAGGAAGUUGGAGUCGUGUCCUGGGGCGAGGGUUGCGCAAGGCCUGAGAAGUACGGCGUCUACGCCCGAGUCAAUCGCUAUCUAACAUGGAUCAAGAGCAACACAGCGGACGCUUGCUACUGCGACUAAACGCGACUGUACCGAGGACUGGAAGAUCACAUGCAAAAGUGAUGCGACAAAGUAUUAAGAGGCUCCAGUGUUAAGACAUAAUACAGUGGUCAAUAGAUUUAGAGUUGUGGAGAUUAACUAAGGGCCCCGUCACACUAGCGCCACGUUGCUUCAACUCAUUGAAUGUCCAAAGUAUCGCUAUUGUGAAGGGGCUCUACGUAAAAAUGUGCCUGUUAUUUUAAUCCUCUUGGCAAUUGUCUAGAUAUAUAAACUAGAUGUCUUAAACAUUGCAUUUAAACAUAAGUUUUAUGAUUAGUUUACAUAGCAUUUUCCAGUUGGGAAUAAUGAUAAGAAAUAUUUAAAGGAGCAAAUUUUAU